AUUUACCUACUACUGUAGCUCUAUCUAAAGUUUACAAAUUUAAAUGAAAGUUUUUGAUAAAAAACGUACGUUUCAUAUUUAUUACCUAUGCGGGCUCAAUGGCCAAAUGCUAAUGUGAAUGCGCGACCUCAAAAGGCAAAUCAGGCCGUGGCACUAAAAUGACGACGAUCCCCACACGUCGAAUUUCUCGCCCGAAGAAUUCGACGUCGUAUAUAUGUCAGUCUAUAAUGGUAGUUGAUACCGUCACAUUGUGAUUGCGCGCAUUGGCUUCAUCUCCGUUUCUCGAUAAAGUCCUAACAAAUUAUUUUAUCUAAAUAUCACCGGUAGUUACAUGUCUGUAAUACUUUUCGUAUUUAAAUAUAAUAUAGCAGUAUAUAUCUGAGAGAUUUCCAUUCUACUUUGGUGAAUAGUAACAUUUCUGAGUGAAGUGAAGAUGUCAUACGUUAUCCUACUUCAUGCUUUUCUAUUAAUCUUAGUUCAAGGAGGAUCAGCGAUAAAUACCCAAACAAGAAUUGUAAAUGGAACAGAAGCGAGACCUGGUGAAUUUCCUUAUCAGAUAUCUCUACAAAGAUAUAAUGCACACACCUGUGGAGGAGCCAUCAUAAAUGAAAAUUAUGUACUUACUGCUGCACAUUGUGUUGGAACGUUAGUACUUUUAUUCUAUCAACAACCAUAAUUGCCUCGAUAAAAAUCUGAUUAAAUUUUAUUUGAUUCAAUAGGAGAAAUCUGACGAAAAUUUAUAAAAUUAUAGCGGGAACCAUUAAUGUGAAAAAUCUAUCUGGAUCAUCUACAAUCCAUAAAGUUGUCAAUAUUCGGCCUCAUAAAAAAUAUGUGACGGGAGACGGUUGGAAAAAUGACAUUGCUUUAAUAAAAGUAAAUAACGAACUAAUUAUUAGUGUGAAAAAUUCCAAUUGAUGUUAAUAUUGACUAUCUAAUUGUAGGUA